AUGAGGUCUCGUCUUUCUCUUCUUGCGCUAGCACCAGCGCUGGCUGUCACUGAGCCCAUCAAGCACACCGCACGGGCAAAUUGGCUCUCGUAUAGCCCUAUCGAUCCCCAAGCGGACACUGGCGCACGCGCUUUGUUGAACUACUUGCAAAGCACUUAUGGCAACCACUAUCUGUCCGGCCAAAUGGACAAGAACGACGUUGCGUGGGUAAAAAGCCACACUGGCAAGAUACCCGCUAUCCAAGGAAAUGACUUCAUGGACUACUCCCCAUCAAGGGUCGCAUAUGGCGCAUCUUCAUCAUCGGCCGAAGAGGCCAUUGCAUUUGACAAGGCCGGCGGGAUCAACACAGUUGUCUGGCACUGGAACGCCCCGACCUGUCUUUACAACUCGGCAUCUCAGCCUUGGUACAAGGGCUUCUACACAUCUGCAAAUUGCUUUGAUGUGCAGCAGGCUAUGAAUGAAGGCCCCGGUGGUAGCAACUACCAGCUCAUUCUUCGAGACAUUGACGCCAUUGCCGUUCAGCUGCAGAAACUGGCCUCAGCCGGGGUCCCCGUGCUCUGGAGACCUCUGCAUGAGCCCGAGGGAGGCUGGUUCUGGUGGGGUGCCAAAGGAUCCGGCCCGUUCAAACAACUUUGGGAUCUCAUGUACCAGCGUCUGACCCAGUAUCACAAUCUUCACAACCUGAUCUGGGUCUGCAACACUGCCGCUCCUGACUGGUAUCCCGGAAACAGCAAGUGCGAUAUUGCCACUGUGGAUGUCUAUGCCAGUGCCGGCGAUCACGGUCCUCUGCAUGACCAGUGGAACAGUCUUUACGGGUUGACGAAUGGAGCGCGUAUUCUUGCUUUGGCUGAAGUCGGCGACAUCCCGGACCCGAGUCAAAUGACUAGCUCGGGCGCUCUGUGGGCUUAUUGGAUGACAUGGUCUGGUUCCUUCAUUGAGGAUGGGAGCUACAACUCGGUCAGCUAUAUCCAGCAAGUCUAUGGUGACUCCAAGGUCAUUACUGUUGAUGGACCGUCGCCAUUGGGCUCGUGGAAAUAUGGUUCAACUGGGAGCUCGGGUAAUGGCUCUUCAACCACAACCACAACCAUACAGACCAAGCCCACCACGACCACAACUUCUGCUUCCUCGGGCAGCACAGGCAGCUUGGCUGCUCAGUUCGGUCAAUUUGGUGGUCAGGGAUGGACGGGGCCCACGGCUUGUGUGUCUCCGUAUACAUGCCAAGUUCAGAAUCAGUACUAUUCGCAGUGUUUGUAG